AUGUCCGCUACCGCCUACAUCGACACCCUCACCAACACCGCCGCCUUUGACCCCUCCGUCCAGAAUGCCGCGGCGGCCCUAGCCCCCUCCAAGGAAACCCUCCAGGCCGCCAUCGACGCCGCCCUGGCCAUGGACGAGACCGCCGCCGCGCUGAGCGGCGAGCAGGCCGAGGUGCUCAAGAAGGGCUUCGAGUAUGCGACGCAGGUCGUGAAGAUGUUGACUAAGGAGCCUGCUCCGGAGGAGAAGUUGGACCUGUACAAGUACUUCAAGCGCGCGAACAAUGAGACCCCCGCUCAGCCGUCGAUGUUCAACUUCGAGGCUAAGUACAAGUACAACGCCUGGAAGGAGAUCAGCCACAUCAGCGAGCAGAAGGCUCUGGUCCUCUACAUCAAGCAGGUCGAUGCCCUCAUUAACAAGUAUGGCACUCGCUCGUAA